CGGCAGGUGUGCCCACCAUUUGACAGCUGACACUCGGGAGUGAGGUAAUUUCUUGCUGUUCUUCCUCUUUUCUCGGUCAUAUGACGUCCAGAUCUUGUGACUGAAAUUUUGUGUAUUUGUUGCUGCUGAAAAUUUUGUGGUCCAAUCGCGCAAAAGAAGGCAAAGAUGAGAUACACGCUCGGUUACAUCUUCUCGACGUCGUUCGUGUCGGUAGCGACCGUAUUGAUACUUUACCAUGUCCUCACGGGCAAGGGCGAACGAGUCAGCGUUGGGUGGUUCCUGGAGGAAACCUCCCCGUACAUGUGGGCCACCCUUGGAAUCGGGUUCGCCGUGGCCCUGUCCGUCGUCGGUGCGGCCAUGGGCAUCCACACGACCGGUGUGAGCAUCGUCGGUGGUGGUGUAAAGGCCCCGCGCAUCAAAACCAAGAACUUGAUCUCGGUUAUCUUCUGCGAGGCGGUCGCUAUCUACGGUCUGAUCACAGCCAUCGUGCUCUCCGGUAUGCUGGACAGUUUCAAGUGGUCCGUGGUCGCAGGUAAUGAGAACAUCCGCAACAACAACUGGAUGUCCGGUUAUGUAAUGUUCGGCGCUGGACUGGCCGUCGGCUUGGUAAACCUGUUCUGCGGUAUCGCUGUCGGAAUCGUCGGAUCCGGUGCGGCCCUGGCCGAUGCUGCCAACUCGGCCCUGUUCGUGAAGAUUCUGAUUGUGGAAAUCUUCGGUUCUGCCAUCGGUCUGUUCGGUCUGAUUGUCGGUAUUUACAUGACCUCAAAGGUGAAGAUGGGUGACAAAGAGUAGGCAGCCACCGGCUGCUGGGGGAAGGCACACCGACACCGUAUGCCAAUCAUUAGAAAAGCACAAUUGCCUGCCAUUUUCCCCCUUUCAACGCAAACGAGUAUAUCAAUGUCCUAAAGAAAGUGAAUUCCAAAAGUAUUCUACAGUUCAGCCACCCAAUAUCGGCCACAGCGAAAAACGAGGACCUAUCAUGGCAGAUUGUGUUUAAGAUUAUUGUUAUUUAAUUUGCUAGAACCGAUCCUCGGCUCGAUCGAGGACAGCGGACUGUUUGUUUGGCCAUUCCAAGUAUGUAAAGUAUGCGCGCACCUGUUUUACGAUCCAGAGUCCUUCCCUGUACCCGCCCGAACCUGACCAUCCCACGGACGGGCCUUUCCCGACAAUUCCAUCUAUGAUUCCGUCACAUCCUGUGUUGCACGCUGUGUGUAGGGAAAAUUGAGAUCCGGAAGAAAGGGAAGCAAAUGGGCGGAUGGUCAACAUCCGCAGAAUGUGUGUGUUGUGUUUCCGGUCGCUAUGUAUAUUGAUAAAUGCCUGCUGCGAUGGUAUACUUUAUUUUGUUUCGUUAUGCAUUACUUAUUUUUUUCUCCCUACCAUUCUUCUGUCCGAUAGGAUUCAUUGUGUAUAGACAACAAAAAACAAACAAAAAACAUGGAAAUGUACUUGAUGUGUAUGUAAACAUUACUCACCGCAAUUACUUCCCCCUAGCUUAAUUGUGAGAUUCGAUCAAAGAAUGGGCGAUGUAUCGAACGCAAUGAGGUAUAUAAUAAACUUCUCUCCCAAAAACCAA